AUGGCCGUGCCAGGCCUUGUAAGUUUAACUGUAAGGCUCGUGGACAGGAGCCGAACUGAGGAGAAAGCUUGGCAGGGCAUCGAGUACCAGUCCGUUUGGCACCUCGGCCGGGAUGUUGGCAUGCUGGAGCUGUCCAGUCUCAAUGGCCGCGGCUACCUCUUCACGCACGCCGGGCGGAGGUGGAGCAAUCUGGUAUAUCCCAACCUGAGGCUGAGUGAUGUUGGAGUCAAGGAGGGGAGUAUUGUCGAAUUUUCCGGUGACUUCGACAAGUCUGCAGGCACACCGCUCAUUCUCCAAGUCCAUUUGAUGGACAGAAGCAAAUCAACGGAGGAGUUUGGAGCAGUGCUCCCAGAGGCCGGCGUGUGGGAUCUCGGCAUAUCUUUGGGAAUGGAGAAGCUGACCACACUCACCGGAGGCUACAUUUUCUCCUUCCAAGGAAGACAGUGGAAGAGCCUGGAGCAUCCUUCGCUCACCUUUGCAGAAGUGCUCGGAGUCGGUUUCACCUCAGAGCAGGAGCUGCUGGUGGCGUUCGAGGGCGACUUCAGUCGAGAUCUCCCGAGCUCCGAUGCCGAGGUGACCCUUUCCGUCGUGCUGAUGGACAAGUCCAAGAGCAAGACAGUCACUGGAAGGGUAAGGAGGGGCGACUCAGUCUGGAAGUUUGGACUACUCGUGGGCAUGGCAUCGUUGACGACCUCCAGCCGAUCUCAGGGUGGAUACGUCUUCCGACGGCAGGGUGGUGAAUACUACAGGGAGCGCCUGUACCCGGAUCUAACCAUUGCAGGUGCCGGCGUGAGGGAUGGUGACACGGUCGAGUUUUCUGGCGACUUUGAGGUCUUCGAGCCUACGGCCGAUGCCAGUGCCGAUCCUGGGACAGCAGUGACACUUACGGUCGUGCUGAUGGACAAAUCCAAAAGCCGGACAGUCACGGGAAGAGCCCGGAUGGGCGACUCAGUCUGGCAGUUUGGAGAGGACGUGGGCAUGACAACGUUGAGUACGAUGUCGAAGUACAUCUUCCGACGGCAGGGUGGUGAAUCCUACAAAGAGCGCAUGUACCCCAACCUAACCUUGGCAGAUGUCGGGGUCAGGGAGGGUGACACGGUCGAGUUUGCUGGUGAUUUCGACCCUGUCGCGCCUGCACCCGGUGCCCGCACUGAUCCUGGGACCGCAGUGACACUUACGGUCGUGCUGAUGGACAGGUCCAAAAGCAAGACAGUCACGGGGAGAGCCCGGAUGGGCGACUCAGUCUGGCAGUUUGGACAGGACGUGGGCAUGACAACGUUGACAACAUCCAGCCGAUCCCAAGGUGGAUACGUCUUCCGGCGGAAGGGUGGUGAAUCCUACAGGGAGCGUCUGUACCCGCAUCUGACCUUGGGAGAUGUCGGAGUGAGAGAGGGUGACACUGUCCAGUUUUCUGGUGACUUUGAUGUCUUCGAGCCGCAAGCGUGA